AUGAAUGAGUAUUCAAUCAAAAAUUUCUCUGACAUUGAGGUUCCAGACGAAUUCAAGUUGAUUAUCGAAUUUGAAAGGAUGAUCUGGGAUGAUGACAACUGGAAUGAACAAGAAAUUAACAAAUUUAUUGAUGAAAAUUUAAACAAAAAUGGAAUAACAAUAGAAUAUAUAGAAAAAGUUUUCACCAAAGCUGCAGAAAAGAGACCUUUGCGUAAAACUGCUCUAGCUGACACAUUAUCAAAGAUUGAAAUUUCUCACAAUAGAAUUUAUAGUCUUCAUUCUCCAGAAUUUGCCUGCUUUCUCAGAAAUCGUGGGGUUUCAAUUGAUUGCGAUUAUUAUAAAAUUGAAGAAUCAAAAUUGAUCGAAAUUUAUCCAAAAGAUUCACUUGCAUGGUUAAUUGCAUGGGGAUCAUUUGAAGAUUUCAAAACUAAAUGCUUGGCAAUUAAUUCAGAUUUCACACAAAGAUAUUAUGAAUAUCAUGAAUAUAUUGUUUAG